CAACACCUACCGAAAAUGGAGUCCGAAAAUAAGAGUUUCCAACUGUGGCGGGACUACAUGAAGCUAGCGGACGCAGUGCGGGAGAUGAAGUUAGGGAACUUCACAUCAGAACCGUCAACCGUUGACGGUCAUCACUCCAGUAUAUGCUCGACCAUGGUGGAAUUUGAACAGUUCCCGUCGCGAGCCUUGCUGUCACCGAUAGCACCGGUGGCGACACCACCUCUACGGCACGAAAAGGAACCCCUGGAUUCCAAAAUUGUCCCCUUGCGUAAAGACGCUCCUUUACAUCCGAGCUGCAGCGAGGGUCCCACAACUCCGACAGCAGCGUCGAGACCCUCCGUGGGGACCCGGGUCCAGAGGGAGAGAAAGAAGGCGACCCGCUCCAAGAUGCCGGAGGGAUUGCCUUCACCUGAGCGCAAGAUCUGCAGCUUCUGCAAACACAACGGGGAGUCUGAGUCUGUGUUUGGGUCCCACAGUCUAAAGGACCAGGAUGGGGGCGUUGUGUGCCCGUACCUGCGGCAGUAUGUCUGCCCUCUCUGCGGGGCCACCAAGGCCAAAGCCCACACCAAGCGCUUCUGUCCCCGGGUGGAAACCACCUACAACUCUGUCUAUGUCAAGUCAUAG